CGGGAUAAGACUCCCGGUAUAUAAAAGCUAUUGGAGGAUAUAGUGAACGCCACAAGACAUCUUCAUUCUUUCCCGAUAAAAGGAUGCGUUCACUCAUUGUUUUAAUCGCGGUUAUCGCCGCUCUCUUUUUAGUUGUCGUUCAUAGUGCACCUAAAGGGUUCUCAUCUUACCGACAAGAAUAUGAAAAAAAUCCAAGUCGCUUAGGAUCAAAAAGAGGACUGGACUGCAUUGGUGGGUGUCACUUAAUUGGCAAGAGAAACCUACUUCUUAAAGAAAUCAACGGAGAUAUUGGUGGCGGUGGCCUCAUAGGUCGAAGUCUGGACAACAUCGGAGGUGCUAACUUGAUAGGAAGAAGCAUCGACGGAGAUAUUGGUGGCGGUGGCCUCAUAGGUCGAAGUCUGGACAACAUCGGAGGUGCUAACUUGAUAGGAAGAAGCAUCGACGGAGAUAUUGGUGGCGGUAACCUCAUAGGCAGAAGUCUGGACAACAUCGGAGGUGCUAACUUGAUAGGAAGAAGCAUCGACGGAGAUAUUGGUGGCGGUAACCUCAUAGGCAGAAGUCUGGACAACAUCGGAGGUGCUAACUUGAUAGGAAGAAGCAUCGACGGAGAUAUUGGUGGCGGUAACCUCAUAGGCAGAAGUCUGGACAACAUUGGAGGUGCUAACUUGAUAGGAAGAAGCAUCGAUGGAGAUAUUGGUGGCGGUGGUCUCAUAGGCCGAGGUCUGGACAACAUCGGAGGUGCUAACUUGAUAGGAAGAAGCAUUGAUGGAGAUAUUGGUGGCGGUGGCCUCAUAGGCCGAAGUCUGGACAACAUCGGAGGUGCUAACUUAAUAGGAAGAAGCUUGAAUCAUUGGUAUCGACUUGGUAGCGGUAUGCCAGGAGAUAUUGGAGGGGGUACUAUAAUCGGUAGAAGUUUAGGUAAAUAUGGAAUGUCUGGAAGAGGAAAUAUGUUAGGAAGAAGUCUUCCUGGUGAUAUAGGCGGUAGUACCUUAGUAGGACGAAGUCUGUCUGGAGAUAUAGGAGGAAGUUCUUUAGUUGGACGAGGUCUACCUGGAGACAUUGGAGGCGGUAAUUUAGUAGGAAGAGACCUCUCUGGAGAUAUUGGGGGCAGUGGUUUAGUAGGAAGAAGCCUAUCUGGAGAUAUAGGUGGUAGUUCCUUAGUGGGAAGAGGUCUUUCUGGUGAUAUAGGGGGAGGUAAUUUAGUAGGAAGAGAACUGCCUGGAGAUAUUGGAGGUGGUGGUUUGGUAGGAAGGAGCAUGUCUGGAGAUAUUGGGGGCGGUAACUUAGUAGGAAGAAAUCUAAAUAAGUAUAGCUGGAAUCGUCUUUUUGGGAGAUAUAACUGGAAUUGAGGAAAAGAAUGAAUGUAAUAAAACGAUUUUUGUAAAUAAUUGAAAUUUAUAUUAAAUAAAUGAAGGACA